CAAACAUCACCAGGUCGCCCCGUCGACUCUGCACAAAGACUUCAGCUCGCCCCGCCCCGCCCACACCUUGAACCGCGCAGACCAAGAAGUCAGACACUCACAGCGCACAUUGCCUCGGCUGCACCCUCGGUGCUCGUGCGCACACGACAGCACAGCUGUAGGUGAGCUUAGCGCAACGCGCUGCUAUACGUCCCCAGCCCCUGCCCCCGUAGCAUUUCCUUUCCCACUGUCGCAUCGCCCAAAUGGCCGACGCGGACGCCGAGAUGGCCUUUCUUGAGGCGCAGAAGCAGGAGUACGACCCCGCGGCCGACUUCUCUCUUGCGCCCGAGCAGGCCGAGCAGGACGAGGAAGAAGAGUACGAUCCCGACAACGCAUUCGGCAACCCCCCAGAGGAGACGCGCUCCGCAUCUGCGCAGUCUGUCGCGAUGGCAGACUCGGCUACCAACACGCCCCAGCCCGCCGACGAGGGCGCGCUCAGGGCACCGCCCGCCGAUACACCAGCCGCACCGACGCCGCAGAAACAGCCGCGCACGAAGGGUGGGUUUGUCGACGAGAGCGAGGACGACGAGGAUGAAGUGUCUGUCGCGAAGCCGAAGGCUGGGUCUGCAUUGCUGAAUGCUUCUGGAGUGUCAGAAUCUCCUCAGCGUUCCGUUACUUUGUCUCCAAACAAUACACAUGCACCUCAAGCUAUGUCGUCAAUUAGUGCACAAGAUCAGCCUGUUCCUGGUGUCCAGUCUCCUCCAGUCGCUGUCCCUAACGUCGUCUCUUCACUUGCUUCUGCUACUGUUCCCAAUGGCGGCACGCCCGUUCCAGAUGCUACUAAGACAGGUUCCUCAGACCCGCUGAAGGCUGCGCCAGCGCCAGCAUCAGCUUCCACGACGACACUUCCAGCGUCUCUUCCGAGGCCCCGUCUUCCUCAGGACACUGUGGGUCGGCUUGAAGACCGAGUUGCUGAGGAUCCGCGCGGUGAUAUCGAAGCGUGGUUGGGUCUGAUUGACGAUCAUCGCAAGCGACACAAAGUUGACGAGGCGCGCGGCGUCUUUGAGCGAUUCUUCCAAGUCUUCCCUUCAGCCGCCGAGAUAUGGGUGCAAUACGUGAACAUGGAGACAGAGCUCGAGAACUUCGCCCAAGUCGAACAGAUCUUCGGCCGCUCCAUCCAAAACACUCCGUCGCUACUGCUUUUCUCGUCAUAUAUUGAUUACGUCCGCCGACGUUAUCCUCUUGAAGAAGGCGACAACCGCAAAAUCAUUGUUCAAGCUUACGAGUUUGUGCUUCCUCACGUGGGCAUAGACAUCAACGCCGGCAAGCUGUGGACCGACUACAUUGAGAUCCUCAAGUCCGGACCUGGUAAUCUUGGCGGAAGCGGCUGGCAAGACAUGCAAAAGAUGGACAUACUGCGCAAAGCGUACCAACGCGCGAUUGCUGUGCCAACGAAUGCUACCAUGGAGAUCUGGCGCGACUACGAUAGAUUUGAGAUGAACCUGAACAAGGUUCAGGGCCGAAAACAUCUGCAGGAGAAAUCGGCCUCCUACAUGACCGCGAGGAGCGCAGUCACGGUUGCUGAAAACAUCACCCGUAGCGUCCACCGUACCACCCUGCCGAAACUCCCGCCUGCCCCUGGUUUCGACGGUGCAGAGGACUUCACGAAGCAGGUGCAGGCUUGGAAGAACUGGAUCGAAUGGGAGAAGAGCGACCCGCUAGAGAUAAGAGACGAAGAUCGUGAGACGUACAACAAGCGUGUGCUAUACAUCUACAAAAAUGCACUUGCAGCGCUACGCUUUUGGCCCGAGAUGUGGUUCGACGCAGCAGAGUGGUCGCUCCAGAAUAACCUGAGCGACGAGGGCAACACAUUCCUACAAGGCGGUAUGGAGGCAAAUCCGGAGAGUUGCUUGCUGGCGUUCAAAAGGUCGAACCAACUCGAGCUUCGCACCGACUUCGAAGAAGGGGACGCUGGUAUCAUUGCGAAGGCAAAGGUCGUUCGCGAACCUUUGGACACAGUGCUGAAUACGUUGUAUGAUCUCAUCAACAAAGUCAAGAAGCGAGAAGAGCGAUCUAUCGCAAUGGCCAAAGAGCAUUUUAACGCUCAGCUGGCCGCAGAAGAAGCCGCUCGAGCUGGCUCAGAGAAAGGAUCCGACGUUGAGGAUGACGAUGACGACGAGAAUAGUGCAGCUGCGCGACGGCAACGAGAGCGACAGGCAGGCUUCGACGCCCAGCUCCAGGGCAUUACGACCUCUACCAAUGCCGAGAUCCACGUCCUCAAGAAGACCCUUACGUAUGCCUGGAUUGCACUCAUGCGGGCUAUGCGUCGGGUACAAGGCAAAGGCGGGGCCAAGGACACGAACAUUCCCGGAUUUCGAGGCGUGUUCGGCGAAGCCCGCAAGAGGGGCAAGCUUCUCAGUGAUGCAUACGUUGCCAGCGCACUGAUCGAGCAUCACUGUUAUCAAGACGUAGCUGCAGGCAAGAUCUUUGAGCGCGGAAUGAAGCUUUUCCCGGACGAUGAAGUGUUCGCCUUGGAAUACGUGAAGCAUCUCGUUAAGCUUAACGAUGCUACAAAUGCCCGUGCUGUUUUUGAGACAGUUGUCACUCGUCUUUGCCAAAAGCCAGAGAAUAUUGCGCGGACGAAGCCGCUCUUCGUCUUCUUCCACGACUACGAAUCCCAGUUCGGCGAGCUCGCCCAAAUCACCAAGUUGGAACAGCGGAUGGCGACGUUGUUCCCUGAAGAUCCACAACUGCUCCGAUUCGCUUCGCGGUUCAAAUCUCCCACGUUUGACCCGACGGCUGUGCGCCCGAUUAUCUCGCCUCGAACUCAGAUGAGGCCUGCAAUGCCCUCGAACAUCAUGCCUACCGUGGAAGAGCCUGUGCAAGCCGCACCUCCGGUCCCUGCACCCCAGCCAGAGCGUUUGCAGUCACCGGCCACCUUCAACUCACCACGCCUAGGCCAUCUACUUCCUGCGACAAAUUCACCGAAGCGGCCACUCGAAGAUGCGGACAACGACCAGCCUCGCAAGAUGAUACGUGGCGAGUCUCCGCUCAAAGGAGCCGCAGGUCGUCGUCUGGACGCCGCGCGCCGUAACAAUGCCGUCGGCGGCGGCAACACACCUGUGGCUGGACCCACCCCUCUUCCGAAAGGUGUUAACUUCCUCUUGGGCAUCAUACCUCCCGCGCACACAUAUCAAGCGACGCGGUUCCGACCCGAGGCUAUGGUCAACCUCCUUCGUGGCAUCACGCUCCCGCUGCCGGGCAAUGCAGCAGCGUCAGCCGGUCCGCCAGCUGCUCACAUAGGCGCGCAGUUGCAAAACAUACAGGCGCGAUAUGGGGGCGUUCAACCUGGGUACCAGUAGUACUUUAUGAAUCAUUCAAUGUUUGAGUCUAUCAUUGACUUGAACCGAUGGCUCCCAGGUGAAUUCUCUUUCGUUUGGGGAUGACAUCUGUACUAUUUUGAUUUCUCCGGUUCCGAGUCUUUCCCCCUCCAAACUCGAAUACGAUGGCGACCAGAUAUCGUGGUAUCUGCAGCACGUUGCAUGGGCGGCGUUUCUUUUUUUUUCUGUCUUGGGCGUUCUCUCAUUCUCUUUUGGACAGGUUGAGAAUAAUUUUGCAUAGGCAGUGAAUAGUGAUGCUGCUGCUGCUUGUUUCAGGGUGUCAAAAUAUCUACUGGGCAUAGUCAAAGGAGAGUUUGUUCUUAACUAGUUGAUUGGAUUAUGUAAUGCACCACUAUGAACGAC